AUGGGGUGUAUGAAAACCCUUGGGGAGAGUAUUGCUGAGCUGCUGUGUGGCCUUGAGCAUGACAGAGUGGGGCAAACUAAUAAAACUGGGUCAUGUUUUUAUUCAACACAAUUCUUUAAUUUUACGCUGCAGCUUUGGUGCACUUUCCAUCAACCAGAGUUGGUACAACCAGCCUUGGAAAGCUCACUGAAAAAAACACAACUGGACUAUGCUGACCUUUAUCUUAUUCAUUUCCCAAUGGCUCUUAAGCCAGGUGAGACGCCACUACCAAAAGAUGAAAAUGGAAAAGUAAUGUUCGACACAGUGGAUCUCUGCGCCAUAUGGGAGGCCAUGGAGAAGUGUAAGGAUGCAGGAUUGGCCAAGUCCAUCGGGGUGUCAAGCUUCAACCGCAGACAGCUGGAGAUGAUCCUCAACAACCCAGGACUCAAGUACAAGCCCAUCUACAACCAGGUGGAAUGUCAUCCUUACCUCAAGCAGAGCAAACUGCUGGAUUUCUGCAAGUCAAAAGACAUUGUCCUGGUUGCCCAUAGUGCUCUGGGAACCCAACGGCAUAAACUAUGGGUGGACCAGAACUCCCCAGUUCUUUUGGAGGACCCAGUUCUUUGCGCCUUAGCAAAGAAACACAAACGAUCCCCAGCCCUGAUUGCCCUGCGCUACCAGCUGCAGCGUGGGGUUGUGGUCCUGGCCAAGAGCUACAAUGAGCAGCGGAUCAGAGAAAAUGUCCAGGUUUUUGAAUUCCAGUUGACUUCAGAGGAUAUGAAAGUUCUAGAUGGCCUAAACAGAAAUUUUCGAUAUGCUGUCAUGGAUUUUCUUGUGGACCACCCUGAUUAUCCAUUUUCAGAUGAAUAUUAGCAUGGAGGGUGUUGCACGACAUCUAGCAGAAGCCCUGCGUGUGGAUGGUGCUGCAGAGGAUGUCUGUAUGCUGGUGGACACACGGCCUCUGGUGAAAUCCCUCCUGCUUGGCAACUUCAGUUAACUACAUACAUCCAUAGUCCAGAAAGCAAAGAAAAUAAAUUUUAUCUUGAAGU